AUGAAGUCUGAGGUAAAGAAAAAUCGUGAGCAAAGAGAGCAGGUGGACAAAAUCAAGUCUCAGGUGACAGAUAUGCGAAAGGAGGCCCUGGCAGUGCAGUUCAAAGAAUGGACAUUGGAUGUCAGUGGAAAGCUACCACUCACACUGGUUCAGAGUGCCCUGAGGUCAUUUCUGGAUGUCAUUUCUAUUCCUUUGGGAGCAGGGCUGGAGAUCUACGACAGGAAGCUGGAAACCAUAGAUACACUGGGGAAAAGAGUGAACCAGGAAGAGUUUAGGGAGUAUGUCCAUUCUUACAUCAAAACCUUUACAAGUGACAUGUUCCAGGAAUUUCUGAAGCACCUCUGCCAGUGUGCUGAUGACUUUCGAGAUAUAAUAAGACAUGACAUCCGGCGACAGAUGUUUACUGACCUCUUCCUGGACUGUGACCACGGAAAGGCUGGCCUCUUGGACAAGCAGAGGACACUGGCCUUACUGGAAGACUUCUAUGACAACAGCCCAGUGAUUGCUAGGAGGAGAUUCUGUAAUCCAAGACAAUGGCCAAUAAUUGAAUUGCAAGAGAUAGAUCUUACUGAGUUCUGGGGAGACUUUGAUGAUGGACGGAUAGCUUCUGCGGAAUCCAGCCAAAUAUUUGCCUUGUCUCAAACAGAAGUUUCUGAGGGAAGGAGUCUGUCCUCUAACAUGCUAGUUGUUAAUGGUCAAGAUGCAUAUGAAACUUGCAUCUUGAUAGAUGAACCAGGAGGGCCAGAGGCAGAGCAAGACCAAGCAGUUGAACAAAAGGCCAUGAGUGAAUCUGGGACAGAAGAGAUCAGUAAGGAGGAACCUCAUUUAAUUGGCGAACUUAGUGAGAUUGUUCCAGUAAUUGCCCUCGGAGAAGAGCAUAUAGUCUCACCUACAGAACCUGGUUCUGAAGUUCAGGUGAAUCAAGAGGGAGAAGGUUUCGCUGCUGAGUUGUAUGAGACUGUUUCAGCAUCAACCCCUGGAGAAGAGAAUCCAGUCUCAGAGGAAAAACCUGAUCGGGAAGGACAGGUCAGCCAGAAAGAACCCUAUGUAAAUACAGAGAUGGAAGAAACUGAUUCAUCACUACACCCUGAAGCACCAAACACCCUCCUGGAAAUGGAAGCAAGUGAUGUUAACGAGAGUCAAGAGGCCUCCAAAUCUGACAGUAGAAAGGGAUCUGCAGUCCUUAAUAAGGAAACUACUUCCUCUGAGGACAUGGACACAGAGAAUCAGAUUGAUACUGCAGAUCCAGAGAGCCAGAAUGAACCUAUUCCCGUAGCAGCUCCCAAGCAAGAGAACGUAAACAUAGAUAAAGAACAUGGCUCUAAAGAACGGGUCAGCCAGGAAGAUCACAAUGUGGCUACAGAGCCGAGUGAACUCAUUCUAGCCCCAAACUCUGAAAAAGAGAAUAUAAUCUUGGAGAAGGAACUUGGUUCAGAAGCACAAGUCUGUCAGGAAGAGCAUGAUUUGAUUGCAGAGCCGAAUGUGGCAGUUCCAAUACUAAUGACUGAAGCAGAAGGCAUACUCUCAGAAGCGGAAGCUGAAUUAGAGAAAGUCACUGCUCUAAUACCAGAGAAUAAAGAGGAAACUGCAGAUCUUGGGAAAGAACCCCCUGAAGAAAAGGAGAGUGGUUCUGAGGGACAUGGCAGUCAAUCAGAAUUACAGGCAGAGACCAACAUGCUGGCCGAGGACUCCACACCAAGCCUUCCACAUGAGCAAAUGCUUUUGCAAGACCAGAGUACAGGUGACCUUCUGGCUUCUGACCUAAGUUUCAGGUAUAACAGCUAUGGUGAGCAAAUUCAGGAGGACUGGAACCAUGAAAAUUCCAGAUUUGCAGGCUUGCGUAUGCUCAUGACAGAUAUUCAGACCCAUGGUGCCUCCACUGCCAUGAGUGCCUUUGACAAGACCUGCCUCAACCUACCCCAGUUCGUACAGCUUUUGGAGACCUUUGUUGGUGACGAAAGCUCUCUGCCAACUGUGAAGAAACUUGUUGCAUUUGUGAAAGAAGGAUAUGAACAGACUGAAGAGGAAAAAAUCAAACAGUUGGAAAAAGUUCACCGUGAGGCUCUCUUAGCCCAAAGAAAAAUGCUUCUGGAGGCACUCUUCAAGCAGUGGGACAACGAAUGCUGUGGGUACCUUGACCUGAAAGAGGUGGAUGCUGUUCUAGGCACAUUUAAGGAAGGAAUGGAAAAAGAGGCUCUGAAAAAGGCAAAGAAGCACCUUUGCUGCUCCCACCCACACGCUGGUGGUGUGAUGAAGUUGUCUCCAAAGGAAUUUCAAACCUAUCUGGAAUUGGUUGUUUCUGAGCUCACCGGUAAUGAAGAUGAAGUUCUCGAUACCAUGGUGGAGUUUCUGAUGAUGAGCGUGGUGCGAACCCACAUGGAACGUCUGCGAGGUUCUGCCAGGAGGAAGUGGCUGCACAAUAUCCAGCAUGCAGCUGAGACCAGUGGGGCAAGCAUGGAGCCAGUGUACAAGGCAGUCUUUAAGGCACUUUCCCAGGAUGCAGAAGUCCACGGGAAUAACAAGAAGAUCAGUGCGUAUAUUGCCCUUUUGGAACAGAACCAGCUUUCGCCAGAGCGGGGAGAGGUUCUCCUGCGGUAUGUGGCUUGCACCUCAGAUGAUGCCCCAUACAUCCUAAACCAGGCACUUUACAGGGACAUGAAAGGAGUAAGCUUUGCAGCAGCAGAAGAGGGAAAGCCAGUCCAUGUUCCAAGAGUUCAGUUCCAUGGAAAUAUCCACUUCUGGAACUAUGACCGGGCAGAACGGGAGAGGAGAGGCUCAUUCCUGGUGCUGCCACUGCAGGAUUCCCGAUGGAGAACUAUUGGGAUUCUAGGACUUGACACCCUGCGGGACCAGUGUGAGCAAACCAUCUUUCUAACCCACGAGAUCGGUUUCUAUCAGGGGGUUUCCCACGUAUUCAGCGAAGCCUACCACCACGUCCGCACACUGGAAAACAUAUUGCAGGUUGCAUUCACUGCUGUGGGCUGGCUCUGCACCAGGGCACCCACCAUCCGCAACAUCACUACAUACCUGGUGGAGCCUGGCAAAGAUAAGACAGGCGACUACGUUUUGCGCAAGAUGAUGACUACAGAUCACUCUGGGCAUAUGGAAAUCCCAUCCCCUCCCACUGUGCUCCAUAGGAGAGAAAAUAUCUUCAGAGAUUACCUCUUCAAGUGCACAGACAGUUCCGAGGUCAUUUGCACCUUUGCCUAUGGAGAGCCUCACAUUGCAGUUCCACUCCGUGAGCCAACAGGACGGGCCUUUGGGGUGUUUGAUCUCAGUCCUGCACAUUACCAGGGGUUACCACCUCAUGAGCAAAAAGACCUCCAGAUAAUGCUGAAGAUGGCCCAGGCAGCCUGCUCUGAGAUACUGAAGGAGUCUUCAGGUGAAACAGACCCAAUCUAUGUCCUAGUUGCAGAGCACGUUGUAGAUUUGAGGCGCGCGCAGAUUCUCUUCCAUCGGCUCAUGCUGCAGGACUUCCGUGAGUGUAUCCAGAAACUCGAUCCUGAGUCCUUUGCCGACAUAAAGAGCUAUGCAGAGCCACCAGCCAUAGUGCAUAACAUACUAAAGGCUGUGCUGCUUCUUUUCUACCCAGAGUGGAUAGGUUCAGAGAAGAUUGAGAACUGGAGUCAUUGUGUACUGAAGCUUGAUGAUGAUUUGAUUCAGAAGAUUUGCUGCUUUGACCCAACUGCCACAUAUGUGCAGGUUCAGACGGGGCUGCUGGCUAACUGUAUCAAAGGUAUACCUAGAGAAGAGGUGUGGAAGCAUAACUCAGUUCCAGCUGAAUACCUGUACAACUGGGCACUUACCUGUCUAACACUAAUAGAACUUACAGAGGAACUACAGCAUACACAAGAUGCGCCUUUAGCAUCUCUGACUCCAAGACCCAGCCUGACUGCAUAUAAGUUAACAGAAGUUUUGCUGUCCUCUAACCCUAGUGAUUCUAUUAUUUAAUGUUACUUUGAAAUGUUUGGCUUUACGUUUGCUAUUUAUAGCUAAUAAACAUAAAUUGCUUAACAGGUGUAGAAAAGCAUUAGGAAUAUCUAAGUAAUUUAUUUAGAAAUGUUAAAAGGAACAAUUCUGAUAGCAUAGGUGGAUCAUUCUAAACUCAAGAGAAUACUCUCUGGUUUUCAUUUAAUUCUGACAAGAGAAGAGGAUUAAACAAGAGGAGUAAUAUAACUUGUAUGUCUACCACAUUACAUGAUUCAUAAAUAACAUAAAAACCCUGUAUGAAUUGUGUAUUUAGCAAAGAUUCAUUUUCCUAAAAUGACAUUUUCAAACUCACUUUAAGCCUGGAAAGGAUUGUUGAAGAGCAUGCUUUCAGCUACUCCCAAUGGGCAGUACAUUUAUUCUGGAAAAUCCCUCUAGUUUUAAUGUGACAGGAGUUUUCUUAUUGGGUUAAAGCUUGUUUACAGCAAACUUUACUGCUCUGUUGCAAGAUUCCAUCUUUGCAAUAAAGUAUCUUUUGGCAGAAUCAGUUUUUUAAUAAAAUGUUGGGAAAUUAAACUUAUUUUUCUUUAUUUAGUUGACAAAGUGUGAUGUCUACCAAAUACUUUCUAAUUUGAGAUUGCAGGUUGCUUUUAACCUCCCCAUAUAAAAUGAUGGUGAUUAUCUGAUAGCUGCUUCUAACUGGCAAGUGGGUUUCAUAUUUUUGUUGGGGGAAAGGCUUUUCAGGUCACUUGCAGUGGUAUUUCUAGGAACAAUAUCUUUGCAGAUAUUAUACUGAUAGCCACAAGCACUUGUCCCUUCAGAAGAUGCUCACAAACAACCCAUUGUGAAUACAAAUUACUUACUAAGCUUUAUGAAUGGAACAAAAAAGGUAGGAUGCUUAUAUAUUCCAUGGUCUGCUUCAGUAAGUCAGGUAACACACCAGGGCUUUGUCUAGGUCAGUGUCUCCACCUGUUCAUUUGACUGAACCAAACUAAGAUCUCAGCUACACUUGCCUGUACGGCUGUCACCCAUCUGAACCUUGCACUGCAUUGGAGCUUGAUGACAAUUUGGAGGAGCCAAAGGUCCAUUGCAGGUUAGCGUGUGCACAGCUGAUUGUGAGGCAGGCAGCAGCCGAAGGAGCUUCAUUAAGGUCGAGCUGAUCAGAGAAGAAAAGCAGAGUACCAGUGCUUGUAUGAACCCACACUGUCCUAGGCUAAACAGCACUUGGAGAGAGCCUCCUAGCAUGAUUCUUACAUUGUCAAAGGGUCAGUUCUCCUCCACAAAGAACCCAUCUGUGUCUGGCCUCUGGAUGCAGCAACAUCUCACCGCAUUUUACUGCCCUGUUCAGACUGUUUCCAGGCCCGGUUCUGGGCUCCUAACGCCAAGUCCCGCCGCUCGGGCAGGCAAAACGCCACCGACUGCGAACUCCCCGCCUCUGGCUCGGCUGGCGGCGUCUGAGACCCUGCAGACGGUCCCUCGGGAGGGUAAAAUGCCCCCCCCCGUGUCACACAGAAGGGACCCCCGUGAGCCGCUAGUCUGAGCUUCGCCGCCUCACACCUCGCGCGCGGGAGACUCCCCCCUACACGCGCUUCACACCUGCUUGCCAGGCUG